AUGAUAGAUGGGGCGCACGUAGCGGUCAACCAGCUCUUCUCUGACGCGUGCGCAUGCCGCGGCUGCUACGACACGCCCAACCGCGCGAACGGGGGCAACCGCUUCCUGCGCUGGGCUCUCCACGGUGAGGGCGCGAGCGGAGCUGUCCGACGGUCCAUUGCCACAGCGUUGCUUCGAGGGUCGGCCUCGUGCAGCCGCGCCGUGCGCUACGCCAUGCAGAAGUGCGACUGCUUCAUAUGGUGCAAGUGCCUCCGCAUUCUAGGCGCUUCCAUCGCGCUGUUGGUGUUCGGCCUCUAUGCCGUGUCGUACUACGCGGUGGUCGUCCUGACGCUGUGGCCGAUCGUUUCCGGAGCUGAGCUGGCCCACGAGGAGCGCCACAGCCAUGCCCAGUCUCCGAGCGCCGCGCGGUGGUGGGGCGCCGCCCUGCUGUUUACGAUGUCGCAGGUAGUGACCUUCAUGGGCCUGUGGAGCUACGUGCAGUCCGUGCGCAUCGACCCCGGACGUGUGCCUGCGGACUGGGAUCCCCUCGCCGGCGCCCAGGCCGACGGCCUCUCGCAGCGCGUGCUGCACCGGCUCAGUGGUGCGGAGGGAGACUCCCCCGCCCUGCCGACGUGGUGCCGGAAGUGCAACAGGUGGCGGCCGGCGCGCGCGCACCACUGCUCGGUGCUCGGGGCGUGUAUUCUGAAGUACGACCACUACUGCAUAUGGGUCAACAACACCGUGGGCCUCCUCAACUACAAACACUUCAUUUUGUUCAUGGCCUGGACGUGGGCGGCGCUCGCGAUCGCCUGCCUCGUCCUGGUGCCCUGGGCGCUCGCAGCCAUCCUCGACUGGGAGCGCGCGGUCAGCGGCGAGACCAGCCCGCGCGACGCAAGCGCUAAGUGGAUGUCCGUGGUGGUCGACGCCUCUCUGUUUGUCGCGGUGGGCGCACUGCUGGGGGUGCACCUGCGCAUGGCGUGGACGAACGUGACGACCGUGGAGUACCCCGACGACUACCCCGGGCGCUGGCCGUUCGACCGAGGCGGCCCGGAGAACAUGCGGGGGGUGUUUGGGGGGGACUGGCGGCUUUGGACCGUCCCCGUGGUGCCCGCCAGCGAGAGGCGGCGCAUGCUCGCGGAGGCCCUCGAGCCGUUCAUCACCGACCGGGAGCGCGCCCCGCGCCGCGCCGCGCGACCACAGAACCUGGCAGCGGGCGCCGCGGACGUUGCGUCCGAGGACGCUGCGUUGCUCGCGCAGGAGAACGUGUGA